UUAGACUUUCUUAAUACAUAAUUCUUUCUUAGUUUUCUUAAGCUUUUCUUCAUCUUUUUCCACCAUGGUUCCUGAAAAACUGAGAGUUUGGCUAGUGACAAGAAUGUCACUAGUGGGAAUGUUGUCAGUCUGUAUCUCGUCCUCAUCCAUUAAUCAAUCCUCCUAAAUUACAGCUAAUUAAAACUAUAGGGAUAAUAAUGUGAAUAAGAUAUGAAUGAGAAGUUCAGUUUAUUGCUGCACUAUAUUUAAUAUUACUGGUUUAUGUAAUGAAACAAAACAGGGUCUCAUUCAUGAAGGAACAGUUCUCCACUUCCAGUAUAAGAACUGGGGACCAGCCAAAGAAACUUGUGAGAGGUUUCUUCAGAGCUAAUGCAAAAACAUAGUUCUUUCAACAGUGUGCAGUUAAACUGUGGGACUCCAAGCCGCAACAUAGUUGAGGGUAAAGGCUUCUCAUGUAUCCAGGAAGAAUUUUGAAAAGAUGAAGGAAAAAUAAUGUGUUGAAGGCUGCUAAAAGCAAGGCAACAUUUCUGGCUGAGGAAGUCCCUGAACUGAAAGUUGUGGGAAGCUGGGAGAGUGUUCUGGAGGUACUUCUCCUACUCUUCUUAGUUUCAGGAGCUUGACCUCAGGAAACUUUUAUAUAUACUGGAAGCAUGUGUUCAAGCUCAGAUCCUGACCAUUGCAGCUUUGAGAUAAGGAGUUGAAACUGCCCUGUAUGGACCUUUUAAACCUUGAUCUGUCACCACUGUACUCAGAUCUUCUCCUGAACUGGAGACUGUACUCCUGGUCAAAGAAACAACAGACAUCUGGAGCUAAAUUCAGGAGUCAUGUUGCCAGACUCCCACCACUCAUCAUAUACCUCGUGAGGGAAAUUGCUGCUGAUGGACUGCUCUGCAAGUCGUCACCAUAUCUGCCAGAUGUGUACAUCUGCCAAGGGCUUGACAAAGCAACAUGUGGUGGUACAGCUGGAGCCAUCCUGACCUGUCCCCUGGAAGUGGUGAAGACACGUCUGCAGUCAUCCCAGCUGGCGCUGCGGCCUCUGUACCUCCCAGAGAUACAGCUGCCAGGGAUGAGUGUGAGGCUGAUGAAUCCCACCCCACCGUCUCCUGGAGUGCUCAAGUUGCUGAGGGCCAUCCUUGAGAAGGAAGGCAAACGGUCCCUGUUCCGAGGUCUGGGUCCAAACCUCGCUGGGGUUGCUCCUUCCCGGGCUAUAUAUUUUGCUGCGUAUUCUGCUACUAAGGAGAGGCUUAAUACUGUCCUGGUACCAGAGUCCAAGAAAGUACACAUACUAGCAGCAGCCUGUGCAGGCAUUAGUUCAGCCACACUCACCAAUCCCAUCUGGUUAGUGAAAACCAGGAUGCAGCUGGAAGCCAGGGUGAAGGGGGAGAUGGCCAGCAACGCUCUCCAGUGUGCCAUGCACGUGUACCGCACUGAAGGCCUGCGUGGAUUUUACCGUGGGAUCACUGCCUCCUAUGCGGGAGUGUCAGAGACCAUCAUACACUUUGUCAUCUAUGAAGCACUGAAAAAGGAGCUGAGAAACAGCCAGCAUUCCCCUUCCCCAUCACUCACAGUUCCACCAAACAACGAUGAUUUCUUCGGACUAAUGUGCGCUGCUGCUGUCUCCAAAACAUGUGCUACAUGCCUUGCAUAUCCACACGAGGUCAUUCGGACACGGUUGCGAGAGGAAGGGUCACGGUACCGUUCCUUUACACAGACUCUGCAGCUCGUGGCCCGUGAAGAGGGACCCUUGGCGUUAUACCGGGGGCUCCUGGCGCACCUGAUCCGCCAGAUCCCAAACGCAGCCAUCAUGAUGGUGACCUAUGAACUCAUCAUACAUUUGGCCUCUUCUACCUUGUAAGCUGUAGCACUUGGCUGAGGCUGCUGUGGAGAUGUAGGGACAUCGUGGUCCUGAGACCUGGUCUUUUGCAGUGCUCUGAGAGGUGGUGCUUUUUGUCACGGGUCAGAUCUGGGUCGGGCAUUCUCAGGACACAACGACUACUUUGUGCCAAGUUUUUUGCUCCAACGUGCACAGUGUAGUUUUUUUUUCCUUCUGGAGACUUGAAUUAUUCCAGUGCUUCAAGAUGUCAGGGCACUGGUUUGACAGUGCCUGUUGUAAACAUCCUUGAUGAAACAAAGGCAUGGAACUUACUGGGAAGUAGACAAAGCAGAAGAGUGUAAGAGUGUCUUAGCCCCAGCAUGUUCACUUCUUUUGGACCCCGUAGCAACCUUACAUAGGCACAGUUAGGCAUGAAGACAGGCUAGAGCUGAAACACCUGAGAGACCUGCAGCAAGCAGAGAUCUUGUGUUGCAACCUUUGCCCUCAGAGGGGCUCUUCCACUCUCACCUACUGUUCUUGCCACUAAGGAGGAUUUCUCAACCUUGGCUGCCAACAAAUUGCAGAAUUUUCCUUUGGGUCCUUCACAUGUUACAGCCGUUGCCCCAACAUGUGUGAGGCAGCUGACAGCCCCUUUUUGUCUUGCAGGGUCUGAAAAACCAGACCAAGUAGAUCCAGGGAAGCAGCACAACCUGCUCUGAAGCACUAUCCUAACAACUCAUGCUACUGCUGGGCUCAGAGCCAUGCUGUGCUAGUAUUUGUUGUGUUUCCACCCCCUCCAUGCUCAGCAGAAAGAGGAAAAUGCCUCCUUCCCCUAGAAGUGCUGGAGCUGUUCUACAAGCUGAAGCCCCUGAUAUAAAAAAUACUCUAUCAUACUGAUAAAGAAAGCAGAUCAAGUGAGAAGAUAGAUGAAGCUACAGAGAUUUGGCCUGUUUCUGUUGAUACACUCACUAAGUGUAUGGGAAGAGCCUUAUUUAUUUUAUUUUCCUGUGUUCAAGAUUUCAGUUUGAGUGCCUUCUGUUCCUCUGUGAGUCCCUAGCACUGAGUCCUGGGGAAGGCUACAUUUUGUUUAGAGAGUAUUUUGACUCUCAAAAAGGCAGGGAGUAGAGUGGUGAGUAAUGUGUUUUUCUUGUUUCAUCACAUAUGCUAAAAAAUGUAACCCUUCCCCAAGAUAAGGUAGCAAUUUCAGUAAAUACAUGCUCUGGACAAGCUCCAGUUUCACAUUAGAGGCUACACUAUUUCUUUCCCUGGUUGUAGUGAAAAACUGCAGAAGUCCUGAAUGUUUUAUUUGAAAUCCAUUUAUUUUAAAAUCCACUUUGUUUCCUCA